AUGAUCAAGAUAACAGCAACAGCUCAUGCUUGGAGACCGACCCUUGACGAUGUGACGUCCCAGAUUCGGCUACUCUACCUACCCCGCCAGAUGCCAGGUUUAGAUGACCUGACCGUUAAUCUUGAAGUCUUCAGUAUCAAAGAUGCUCCAAAAUUCCAAGCCCUAUGUUGCACCUGGAGGAGCCCGUUUAGUACUGGGGAUGAGUUCCGCGCCUGGUUGACGUGGUGCCUCAAUAUAACAGGAGAUCAUAACUCCGACCCUAGUGCCGUAGAUGCCUACGAGGAGAUGUUGGGGAACUUGGAUGCGUUGCGGCGAGCUCCUGUCAAUAAGGCGGCGUUCCAAACACUAACAUCAGCCGGCGACUUAGACCAAGCCAAUGUUUCCCAGAUCAACAAUACCCUGGUCGGACGAUACAAACGUAUGAUCGGGCUAGGUAAACGAACUUUCUUCAGAACCACAAACUACUAUUUUGGAAUCGCCAUAUGUGUGUCACGGCCGGCCGAUGAAGUGUGGAUCUUGGAAGAUGCGACAACGUCUUUCUUCCUAAGGCCACUUCCUAUGAGGGGGGAGUAUACAAUAUUUGGCGAGGUCUAUUUCCAUGGCAUCAUGAAUUGUGAAAUUGCAAGAGGCAGUGUGAACCUGGAUUGGAAGCCUAUCUGGCUCAAAUAG